GCACGACGCGUCUCUAAUGGGGUUUGUGAACAAUGAUAGGGAGUUCAAACUCAGCUGAUCCACCCUUACAAGACGAAAUGGCCUGCCCUGAACUCGCUGAAGCGGUCGCCUCGACGCGUGCCACCCUACUGUCCAUUGUCUCCACACCACUCGCUCGUCGCAUACGACGCUGUAUCAAUGGCCAGGAAGCCUGCGUCACCAGUGAGCGACGACUCUUUGAAAGAGAAUACGCCAAAGGGUAAGGCAAAGGCGCGUGCCGAGGCGGCUAGAAAGGAGAAGAUGUCCAGGGCUGCGCGACGCGUAGAAGAGGAUCCUGAAGAGGACGAUCGCAAAGAGGGUGAUGAAGAAGAGGACGCGGAGGGUGAGGCAGAUGAGGACGAAGAGGAGCAGGGCGCGUCUCCCCAUGGCACAAAGCGCGUCCGUUUGAACGCGGAGGGCGACUCGGCGCCUGCGGAAGAUGUAAAGCCAGAGCGCACGAAGACCCUGCCUCGAGAUACAGAUGGAUUCAUCCCGGGGUCCAUUGUGCGCAUAAAGCUCGAGAACUUCGUCACAUAUGACGCUGUCGAGUUUCGCCCUGGUCCGUAUCUCAACAUGAUCUUUGGGCCUAACGGGACUGGAAAGAGUACCAUCGCGUGUGCUAUUUGUCUCGGCCUGAACUUCCCACCCGCGGUCCUUGGUCGUGCCACAGAAUUGAACUCCUUCGUCAAGAUUGGCACGGACUCGGGCUUCAUCGAGAUUGAGCUGAAGGCUCCGAAGGGCAAACCAAAUCUCAUCAUCAAGCGGACCCUCAGCGCGAAGUCGAAGAGUUCGUCCUUCUUCCUCAAUGGCCAGGCCGCCACAGGCCGAGAGAUCAACAGCCGGAUGGCGGAGCUGAACGUGCAAGUCUCCAACCUUUGCACAUUCCUGCCUCAGGACAAAGUCUCUGAGUUCGCGCACAUGAGCCCCCAGCAGUUGCUCCGGGAGACGCAGCGCGCGGCAGGGAAUGCGAGCCUGACUGCCUGGCAUGACACCUUGAUCAGUGCAGGCAAAGAUCUCAAAGGCCUUAUGGAGGCGUUGAAUGGCGACCGAGACCAGCUCAAGAACCUCGAGGAACGAAACGCGAAUCUGGAGCGAGAAGUUCGUCGCUAUGAAGAGCGUCGUCAGAUUGAGCGAGAUAUUGAACUGUUGGAGCUGAUCCUGCCGUUCAAAGAGUAUACUGAAGCAAAGGCGCUCUAUCAAGAAGCUAAGGAAAGCAGCAAGAAGGCGCUCGAGCGUUUCCAGAAGCUGCAGGCUCGCAAUGCUCCCAUCCUCGAUCGGAAGAAGGAAAUUGAGCGUGGGCUCAGUGACAAGGAGAAGGCCCGCGAGGCAAAGAAGGCUUCGGCGAAGAAGAAGUUCGAGACGAUUGUGAAACGGUGGCGGGACAACGAGAGCCUGGAAAGCCUCGCCGAAGAUCUGAAGAAUCAACUUGAGGGCAUCAGGUCAAUUGAAAAGACCCGCAAGCAAGAGAUGGAAAGGCUAAAGAGGUCUAUUGCUGCCGCCAAGGAGACAUUGGCCAAUCCUCCGGAACGUGAAGACACUACCAAGCUCAGGGAAGAACGUCGGCGCGUUGAGAUUGAGCAGCUAAAACAGAAAGAUCGCGUUCAAGACUUGCAAGCCAAGCAACGUGCGAAUGUCGAGGAAGAGUCUAGAGCCAACCAUAUUAUCAACCAAAAUAUGGGCUACUUGAAGCAAUUGGACGACGCCUCACAUCGGAAGUUGGAGAGUCUUUCGAGAUGGGACCGUGACUGCGGUGAAGCUGUGCGCUGGUUACGACAGAAUCAGCAUAGAUUCAAGAUGGAGGUGUUCGAGCCUCCUAUGUUGUCUUGCACGGUGCCGGACAACAAGCUUGUACACGCUGUUGAGGCUUGCUUCAACGCAAGCCAGCUCAAGACAUUCGUGGCGCAAUGCGAAGAUGAUUAUGCGUUGCUCAACCGACUUCUCAUUGAUACUCCGGAUGCCCUCGGGAGAUCAACACGUAUUCAUACAUGGUACAGGCAUCAAUCCGGGCCACCGUCAGCUCAACCCAUGACUCGGGAGGAGAUGCAACAGAUCGGCUUCGACGGAUAUGCGCUCGACUUCAUCAAGUGUCCUGAUGGGAUGCGCUGGUUCCUGGAGAACAUGAAUCUACACAAGACUGCCAUUGCUUUGAACCCGAACCGAGCCAAUGGCAAUCGUGCCAUGGAACUGGUCACGAGGGAAGGUGGUGGAAAGUACAUCAUCGGCAAUGUCAUGAACUCCGUGACCCGUUCGCGCUACGGCAAACGCCUUCCACAGAAUCAGACCUACAACUUCGGACAGGCUCGGAACCUCGUCUCACAAGCUGUGGACGAGGAUGAGAAGCAUCGUCUCGAAAAGCUCAUCAAGGAAGCACGCAACAAGCUCGACAUGUGCAAGGAGGAGGCUGAGCAACUCGCUAAAGAGGACGCUACGAUUCGAGCAGAGUCGAAGGGCUUUAAGGACGAGCUGAGCCAGUUGGAUGCUCGCAAGAAGGUCGUCGACGAGAUUGAGAAGAAGCUCACUAACACUGAGCUCCGACUCCGUCGUGACACGAAACAGCUGAAGGAUCUUCAGUCAGCACCACCCGUCGACGUCGAACGCGCGCGGUUGAAAGGCGAGAUCCUCAGCAAUGCCAAGAAGCGAGUGAGCGUCGCAAAGGAGUGCUUUACUCUGCUUCGAGCAACGAUGCAGGAGCAGGCGGCAGCAACACGUUUCGGACUAGAGGCCGCCCAGAUCGCGUCCAAUAAGACGGCAUUGGAAGCUCUUGUCAAGGAGAAGGAAGAAGAGGUUGCCAAGGCUAAGGCCGAUUUCCAAGAGGUGCACCAUAGGUACGAGGUUGCCAAGGAGGACUCCAAAGCCAAGCUGCAGAUCAGCAAAGCCAAGCUAGCAUCGGUUGACGACGACACGCGCGAGCAAUUCCGCGUUAUGGAAGAGAGCGGAGAAGUGGCCGAUAAAUCUGCCGACGAUAUUGAGACGGAGCUGGAAGCCAAGCGCGCCCAGCUGGAGAUGAACAUGCACACGAACGCCGGUGUCGUCGACCAAUACAAGAGGCGUCAACAGGAGAUUGAGGCCUUGACAGAGAAGAUCAAAGAUCGAGAGAAGAAGGCCGAUCGCGUUGCGCGUUCGAUCAAGACGGCUAGGGAUAAUUGGCAGCCCGCUUUAGAGGAACUCGUAGCUAGCAUUGGCAAGAAGUUCUCCGCAGCGUUCGAUCGUCUUGGUUGUGCUGGCGAAGUCCGCAUUCGUGAGCACGAUGACUUUGACAAAUGGGCGAUCGACAUUCUCGUCAAGUUCCGUGACGAUGAGAAGCUGCAGCUGCUGACAGGAGAGCGUCAGUCAGGAGGGGAGCGAUCGCUUACCACCAUUCUGUACCUGAUGAGCUUGACCGAAGAGGCUCGCGCUCCCUUCUCUUUGGUAGAUGAGAUCAACCAGGGUAUGGAUCAACGUGCCGAGAGGGCAGUCCAUAACUCUCUCGUCGAGGUGACCUGCAAGGUCGACAGCGGCCAGUACUUCCUCAUUACACCGAAGCUGCUCCCGGACCUCGAUUACGCGGAACGCAUGAAGGUCCUGUGCGUGAACAACGGGGAGUGGCUCCCGGAGGAACCCGGGAUAGGCAACAUGAUGAACAUGAUCAAUGCGUACGUGCAGCACCAGACGCGCUCUAAUGCCUCUAUGUGAACUUUGCCUCGCGUACAUCUGUUGUCCAUUGCCUAAUCUUAUGACUGCUUAAUCCGUAGAUGUUUAAAUAUUCUUGGUACAUAAUGGCGAUUCUACAUCUUGGUACUAAUGACAGUACUUCCCUCGUAAUGCUACUGUAAUGUGUUCAUCUUUUGGCUCUAUGUUUCAUUACGUUGUCAUGGUUAUCGUGCUGAAUGUAUAUCUGUUGAAGGCUGA